UAAAAAAUAAUUAGUCAUCGGUAAGUGGAAGAUUUCCCCAAAGAAGACGUUUUGAGAUUGGAAUUAUCCAAACGUCGCUGCUCUAUUUUCCUCUCUCGCUUAACCCAAUGAUAUACAGACCCCAACCAUCGUAUCAUCGUCAAAAUCCAAGGUGGGUUUGGUUCAAACUUCGCUGUAAUUCGAGCUGGUACUGAUAUUUCCUGCUCAAACUUCGCUGUAAUUCGAAUAACGUGAUUCGUUCGACAAGAGUAAGUGGGCAAGCAGUUGCAUCCUAUGCCCUUCAUAUUGGCACUUCCGAUAAGGCAAGUUAUUUUAUCCCUUAAAGUUGAAAACUUUCUCAUUUGGUGAUUUAGAUCACUUGUAGUAGCCUUUUUUUGAUUAUUCUAUCUAUGUGUUUUUCUUUUGGCCAAAGCAGUCACCAAGUUCACUUGAUAUAAAUCCAUUUGCUUUCCAAGUGGAGCAUCAGAGGCUGCCAUUAGAAAAGGCUCAACCAUCAAAUCUGGUUUCUAUAUCAAGUGGUCAUCUAGAGAACAGGAAAGAGCCUGCAAUGGCUGAUGCAAGUCCCGGGACUGAUAUCUCAACAGAUGAUGACAAGAAUCAGGGGUUUGACGGCCAAUCUCUUGGUAAUUUAGCUUCUGAUUCCAGUGACAGAUCAAAGGAUAAAUCAGAUCAGAAGACUCUCCGCAGGCUUGCUCAAAAUCGGGAGGCUGCAAGAAAAAGCCGAUUGAGGAAAAAAGCAUAUGUCCAACAGCUGGAGAGUAGUCGUUUGAAGCUGACCCAACUAGAGCAGGAGCUGCAACGAGCAAGACAGCAGGGAAUUUUCAUAUCAAGCUCAGGAGACCAAGCCCAUUCAAUGAGUGGAAAUGGGGCAAUGGCAUUUGAUGUAGAAUAUGGGCGGUGGCUGGAAGAGCAAAAUCGGCAAAUUAAUGAACUGAGAUCAGCAGUCAAUUCUCAUGCAAGUGAUACGGAGCUACGAAUUAUUGUUGAUAAUAUCUUGGCACACUACGAUGAGAUUUUUAGGCAGAAGGGCAUUGCAGCUAAGGCUGAUGUUUUCCAUUUGUUGUCUGGCAUGUGGAAAACACCUGCUGAGAGGUGUUUCUUGUGGCUUGGUGGGUUCCGAUCUUCUGAGCUCUUGAAGCUUCUUCUGAAUCAAUUGGAGCCUCUAACAGAGCAGCAACUAGUAGGCAUUACCAACUUGCAGCAGUCUUCGCAACAGGCGGAAGAUGCAUUAUCUCAAGGGAUGGAGGCAUUGCAACAAUCCCUGUCUGAGACACUAUCCAGUGGGUCUCUUGGUUCCUCAGGUUCAUCUGGGAACGUCGCGAACUACAUGGGGCAAAUGGCAAUGGCCAUGGGGAAGCUAGGGACCCUUGAGGGGUUCAUUCGCCAGGCUGACAAUCUCCGGCAACAAACGCUGCAACAAAUGCACCGGAUAUUGACAACACGCCAAUCAGCCCGUGCUCUCCUUGCAAUACAUGACUAUUUCUCCCGGCUACGUGCUCUUAGUUCCCUCUGGCUUGCCCGCCCAAGAGAAUGAACCCCUUAUGCUUCACCAACGCUGACUGGUAAAAUUAUGGAUCCUGAAAAAUGAAAAAAAAAAAAUCUCACUACAAAUUGACUCUCUGAUCCAGUACUGGGGAUACUCGGCCAUCAUUACAGUUUUUCUUUUCUAGAAUUUUCCUGUGUUGUAGUCUUAGAACUCCAGCGUAUCAUUGAUAUUAGUGUUCCGUUGUCCAUCAUGUUCACAAUCAUAUCAUCUAGAAAUGGUAUGGUCGGAUGAGCUACAUGUAUCUUGUUUGUUGUCAAUAAUAAUGUUAUUGUUUAUUCUAUGUAACCCAGCAUUUUAAAAUGAGUAUGAAGUAGUCUUGAGCCA